CCCUAAACCCUGUUUAUAGAAAUCGACAUGGCGACAGUUAUUCUAGUUUUGGCUUCAACCCUAAUUCUGUUACGUAAUGCACAUGCGGCAACCACUUAUGAUGUCGGAGAUUCAUUUGGAUGGCAAAUCCCGACCGCUGAUCCUAAUUUCUACGGCGAUUGGGCCGACAAUAAAACCUUCUUCGUCAAUGAUGUUCUUGUGUUCAAUUUCACUACAGGGCAACACGAUGUUUUGGAGUUGACGGAACCCGGUUACGACGCCUGCACCAAGUCGGACACCUUCUUAACGGAGAACAAAGGACCGGCGAGGAUUACGCUUAAAAGGACCGGUGAGCAUUACUUCAUCUGCGGGUACCUUGGUCACUGUUCCGCCGGCCAGAAGCUCAAGAUCGAUGUCCGGGACGGCCGUGGAAAUACGCCGGGUGUCUUUAGUCCUCCCGGCGGAGCUCCGUCCCUUGUCGCCACCGUGUCUCUUGUCUUCGUGUUCAUCACCUAUGCUUUGUUGUGCUAAUUUAGUUACGAUGGUGAUCGUGGAAUGAUAUUUGGUGUUGAAUAAAAACUUUGUAUCCAC